CUGGUCACCGGUGGGGCGGGAUUCAUAGGGAGCCACCUCGCGGACGAGCUCCUCCGGCUCGGGUACAGGGUCCGCGUGCUAGACAACCUCUCCACGGGGAAGGCCGAGUACGUGGACAGCCGCGUCGAAUUCAUCGAAGGGGACGUCAGGGACGCGGACGCCGUCGAACGCGCGAUGAGACCUUCCGCGACCGACUCCGCGACUGACGCCGCCGUCGCCGUCGUGUUCCACCUCGCGGCGAUGUCCAAGGUGGGUCCCAGCCUUCACGACCCGGACAUGGUCAAGUUUUGCGUCGAGAACAACGUCGUGGGCACGGAGAACGUCCUGCGAUCCGCGCUCCGGGCCGGCACUGUGCGCAAGGUGGUCUAUGCCGCCUCGUCCACGUUCUACGGUAACCAGCCGACGCCCUUCGCCGAGUCCCUCCCGAUGAAGAUCUCCUCCCCUUACGCGGUCACGAAGCACCAGGGCGAGCUGCUCAUGCGGGUUUACGACGAGGUGCACGGUCUACCGACGGUCAACCUGCGCUUCUUCAUGGUGUACGGCGAACGUCAGCCCGAGAGCGGCGCCUACGCGGUGAUGACGGGGAUCUUUCUCGCGCAGCGCGAGCGCGGGGAGGCGCUGACGGUGGAGGGGGACGGGACGCACUUUCGCGACUUUGUCCACGUGGACGACGUGGUCCGAUCCAUGAUCCUGGCGUGGGAGAGAGCGGAGCUCCGGGGUGUCACCGUGAACGUCGGAAGCGGCCGCGCGGUGACGGUGAACGAGGUGGCGGAGAUGAUUGGAGGGGAGGUUAAGCGGGUGCCCCCGCGCGCCGGUGACCUCGAGGGAACCCUCGCGGACACGUGCGCCGCGAAACGUACGCUGGGCUUCGAGGCGAGGAAGAACUUCGAGCGGGAGAUUCGGGAGAUGGUGCGG